UGGCUGGCUCGGGGUGGGACGACGGAGUGACAGAGCCGCGGACAGGUGGGAGCAGUUAGACAGCUCGAGUCUGGGAGAGCAGAACGCAGAGGAGAGGCAGGAGGAGAGGGAGAGGGGGAGAGGGAGAGCGAGAGCGAGGGAGACAGCGAGCGAGCGAGCGAGCGAGCGCGCAGCACUCGCGUGCACCCUCCGCUCCAGACGCCCUCCGCUGUCCGAGGGAAGCGGCCGGGGCCCUGAGCGGGAGCUGGAGAGCGAGCUGGGCACAGAACCCGGAACAGGGACCCGGCCCUGCUAGCGGGACCGCGACGCGCCGAGGGACGGACAGACCGGCCGCGCGCGGACCGCCAGCCGGCCGGAGCGGAGCGCAGGAAAGCCAGAAUCCCGCGCGGGGCCGCGCGACAGGCAGGCAGACGGACAGACGCGCGGAGGGGCGGACUGCCGGACCGGAGGCGGGGGGCAUCGUUCGCCCCGCGGAGCCAGCGGGACAGAGAAGGCGGCGGCGGCGGCGGCGGCGGCGGCGCCCCCUGAGCUCGUCCGGAGCGGCGACCAGCGGCGGGGGCAGCGGGGUCGCCAGCCAGAGCCACCACGGUCGCCGCAGCUGCGCGAGGAUCCCAGCCGCCGACGCUGCAGAGAGCUCGGUUUCCUAGCAGUUAAAUAAAUCGACCAAAAAAAAAAAAAUUGCCAAGCCAAACAAAUCAGCCAAUUCAAUCACUGAGAAACGAUAUUAGUAAAAACCAGAAACUAAAUCAAAUCAAUCGAGGCACCAAGACGCUGGGGGGAUACCCACUGUUAUGUCAAGGUUGACGAUGGGUCACGCCGUGUAAGGGAAUCGCAGGGAGAUGGGCAUUCUGAACUGUUAAUGGGGACAUGGGACUCCAGUUGUCUCUGAUCACUGGUGUGGAUUUUCCCGGGGUAGAGCGACAGAAGCCGCCAGUAAGUCGCCAAGACCUACGUCAGGAGCUCUGCACGAAAGGGCAUCGAACCUUGCGAUUUUAAUUUGCGUCCGGGAGGAUGUCCGAGCCAGGAGACCUGAAUCCGGCCAUCGUGGAGGAAGGCGGGACUGAGCAGGAGUCGGCCACCCCAGAGAAUGGCAUUGUGAAAUCCGAGAGUCUGGAUGAAGAGGAGAAACUCGAAUUGCAGAGGCGGCUGGCAGCUCAGAACCAAGAAAGAAGAAAAUCCAAGUCAGGAGCGGGAAAAGGUAAACUGACUCGCAGCCUUGCUGUCUGUGAAGAAUCCUCGGCCCGACCAGGGGGAGAAAGUCUUCAGGACCAGGAAUCAAUUCAUUUACAGCUUUCCAGUUUUCCCAGCCUGCGAGAGGAUGAUAAAUCUAGGAAAGAUGACUCAGAAAGAGAAAAAGAAAAGGAUAAAAACAAAGAUAAAACCUCUGAAAAGCCCAAGAUCAGAAUGUUAUCAAAAGAUUGCAGCCAAGAAUACACGGAUUCGACUGGCAUAGACUUGCAUGAGUUUCUGAUUAACACAUUAAAGAAUAAUUCCAGGGACAGGAUGAUACUCUUGAAAAUGGAGCAGGAGAUUAUUGAUUUCAUUGGUGACAACAAUAAUCAUUAUAAAAAGUUCCCUCAGAUGUCAUCCUACCAGAGAAUGCUUGUCCAUCGAGUGGCAGCUUACUUUGGGUUGGAUCACAAUGUGGAUCAAACAGGGAAAUCUGUUAUCAUCAACAAGACCAGCAACACCAGAAUACCAGAGCAAAGGUUUUGUGAACAUUUAAAAGAUGAAAAAGGUGAAGAAUCCCAGAAGCGGUUUAUCUUGAAGCGAGAUAACUCUAGUAUUGAUAAAGAAGACAAUCAGCUUUGUCCUUCAGUUGUGCACACUCAGCUGGAUUCUCAAUACGGACCGAUGACCAACUGGUGUAGCCGUAAAGAACAAACCUUGUUAUGCAAAACAGAGUGCAUCCAUUUAGAGAUGACAGACGAAGUAAAUCAAUUGAAGAGAGAGAAGAGGAGUAUCAGAGAGUGAGGGAGAGAAUAUUUGCACACGAUGUACAGGCAUUGUCUUGUAUCCGAGUUAAAUGAGAAUACUCCUCUUCCCCCUCAGUUUCAGAUCAAAUCAGGUCUGUGAGCGGUUCGUCAAGGGAAUAACCGGAGUGAUUUCCUCUGUUCAAAUCCCAGCAAAGGAAACGUGGUGGGGAUUUAUCUUCCUUUGACGCCCGCCCCCCCCCCCCCCCGCCGCCGUGGCCAAAAUAAAAUGCAGUGAAAUUAAAUGAAAGUGAAAAAGUGAUUUUUACAAAGCCGGAUUUAAAUGCAAGAAGGCGAAAAGGGCAAGCAGGUGCCAUUAGCCUUUGCGUUCGAUGCUGUCACUUGGCGGCCUCCGGAGAUGUCGCGGCUCUUCCCUCAGCAGAAGUAAAGGUGUGAGCUGCUUUGUGUAGUUCCUCGUGGCUCCUGCUGCCUUAGCUGGGCCUCCGCCUCCCGUCGGGCUUUGCUCUGGAGGCCAUUGCCAAGCCAGCAUGGAGACGUAGGCUCCACUGCGUAGCAUGGAGAGGCCUUCUGACCUUGGAGUUUUCGGGCCCCAGCCAGUUUCCCUGGUCCUCCAGAGCACGCUGGCGCCUUCAACAGAAAACCGCAGAGGCAAUUCCGACCCCACCGACGGUGCCUUUCUUCCCUGUCUACACGGGCUGCCUCUCUUCUAGAUCCCCGCUGCCUGUCACGGGUGCAGGGAAAUAGAAUUUUAGUGAUCGGGUGAUUUGGCUCAGAGCUCUGGAGUUGGCAGAGUGGGAGAGAGGCGGGUGGAGGUGGCUGUAGAAGGACGUUGUCCACGUGCAAGUCUAGAAUAUUCUGCGUAUGUGUGGGCUCCUUGGGCUUCUCGGACAGUCAGAGUUAUUGAUGGCGCGAAGCGCAGCCCGACCCAUGGUAGGCUUUUCAUCGUGUUUCCUGGAUCCAAGGAUAGAGUAAUGAGGGGCUUGGAGGUGGUGUAGCCAGGCUAGCUGGGGGGGGGGGGGGGUGCCCCCGGUGGACUGGAAGGCAGCGAGCCUGUGCCUGGCCGAUGAGCUUCACAGAGAGAGAGCUGUCUGAAGGCUAGUUUGUCCUUUCUUCUCUUUCUUUCUUCCUCUCUGCCCGUCCUUCUCUCCCCCUGCCUGCCACGUGCAGACACGCACACACAUGCACACUUCCCUCUGACUCUCACUCUAGCAAGUCAUAAAGUUUAUGAAUGAGUUGUGUUGCAAAGCAAAUCCUAAUCACCCAGAUAAUCUACAAACAUCGUGGUAUUCUUUCAAAGUACUGCCAUGCCACAUUGCCAAACACUCUGGGGCUGGGUGGCCAGAGAACCAGCCCUGAUGCCUGCCUGUGAGGAGGGUGAUUCUCGGGCUGCUGCCCUUUCGUGUGCACGUGGCCACGUCCCCAGAGAGGUCAUCACAGGCGGGAGGGGGGGGGGCGAAACUCCUUGUACACAUUGCAUUUCCCUACAGCCCCAGCAAGGAACCCGGGUCUCGGGUUACAGACUGGAGGCAAAGCUGCUGUUCCGAGCCUCUAUGACUAACUGCCGAAUUAGCAUAUUUUUUAAAAGCAAAAGCAGAUUGAAGUGUGGGAAGGCCUAAAUGCCAAGCUAUUGCCAUAGCCUUUCCAAUUCAUGACGCCAGCCAUUUGGCAGCCUUCUUUGACAUGCGGCGGUGGCUCCUUCCCUCUGCAGGAGUAGAGGUGUGAGCUCCUCUGAUAGGCUCUCCGGUGACCAGCACUCCGGCUUUCCUAAUUCAGGUGGGGCCCCUGCCCGGUUCUGGGACUACUUUUCCACCUGAUCUCUGGGGUGCGUUUAUUUUUCAUUGGUAUCCUGUACCCGGAGGAUACUCACAGGCAGGCUUCAGAGAUUAAAGCCGGUUCCUGACAUCAUCUGCAAAACAUUAUGUCUGUGAGUGUGGGUACAUUUUUGUAAGCAAAAGAUCUGGAUUGUUUAUAAGUUUUCAUGACCCUUAAAGGCUCAAAGCCGCUCUCCUAGAGGGAGAAACGAUGCCUGAUGCCUGUCUUCCUAGGCCUGCAGCUCUGGAGAAACAAUGCAGUCCGAAGGCUGGUGUUCCCUGUGUUUUCGCUCUUAAUCGCUACUCAGCAAACUAUCCCCAAAUUUGACAGCUUAGAUCAAACAAAACGCUUUUUGCCUCACAAGUUCUGUGGGUCAGGAAACUGAGAGUAGCUUGGCCGGCCAGUUCUGGCUCACGGUCUUUUGUGAGGUUACAGUCAAGCUGUCAGCUGGGGCUGUGGUCUUCUGAAGGACCCCCGUGGUUAUUGGCAGGCCUCAGUUCCUGGCUGGAUGUACCGAGAUCUCAGUUCCCACCAUGUGGGCUUCUCCAUAGGCUACGGAGCGUCUUGAAGACAUGGUAACUAACUUCCCCAGAGCCAGUGAUCCAAGAGAAAAAGAGCCCAAGGUGGCAGCGAGAGUCUCUUAUAACCUAAUCUGGGAACUGACACCUUGCCUUCUGCUGUGUUCGGUUGGACACACAGACCAAACGCGGUGCCGUGUGGGAGGUACUACAAAACGUGAAUGCCCAGAGGCAGGGAUCAUCGGGGGCCACCCUGAGUUAACAAGAUGUCACUGUAUCUUUUAUUAACGCAAACGCAAAGACGGAACCAGCGAUACGAACUUUCUUGAAUACAUGCAGUAAUAAAUCUUCCUUACCACGUACAUAAAAACAUUUUAGAGAGACUUAAUUUAUGUAACUCCGGAUUCCCAAGUGACCGUUUCUGCUCUCUGAUUGUUGAGGUACACAAGGUAAUAAAUCAAAUAUAGUAAGUCAGUUGUAAAACCAAUGCAAAGAAUCCAGCAUAAGGAAUCUAAGUUACAAACAUACAGUCUUUUUCUUAGCUGGCCUUUAAUUUAGUGUCUUCGUAAUUUAAGAACUGAGGUCGUGAAAGCAACUCCCCUUGCCAACCUAUUAUUGUUUAAGCGGUGGAGUUAUUCAAACAGGUUCAAAUAUGGACAUAUUUAUGUAGAGGUAUCUUUUUCCUGCUGGAAGUUAUAAUAGAGUUACAGAGAAAUACUCCCCGGUACUUACACUUCAGCAAAAUUAAAAUUUAUUUGGGAAAACGAGUAGUGUUCUUGAAUAGUUUACAGGUGUAUCUUGGUGUCUAAGGGGUGUGUGUGUGUGUGCGCGUGUGUGUGCAUGCGUGAGCGUGCGCUUUUUUUAUGUAGGUCCACAAUCAAAAUACACAGAUUAUUUGGGGAUUUUCUAGAAAACUAAUUUCAAAUAUAGUUUGAGAAUUCGGGUGGCUUGAGAUAGGACACAUUUGUUAUUUGACAAUGAAGUUGUUGUAAGUCAGGGCACACUGCAAUUUAGUUCUCAAAUAAAAAAUAAGUGAGUUUUUGUAGUCAGAGAUAUUUGAAAUAUAACUGUUGUUUCCUUUGGCAAGAAUUUCAGCUUAUUUUAUGAUCACUUCAAUGCAAUGUUGCUGGCUUUGGCAAGGUUACGCUGAUAAAGCAAUGUGUUUGGGAAAGACGUGUUUUGCCUGGAGGAUGCUUUCUGAAGGAUAUUUAUAUAUAAGUAGAGAUUCUUGGAGGAGCUCAUCCACGGUCUUCCUAGCACGUACUGGGAUCCCUCUUCUGUGACAACCGACGAGAAGGCGUGUGGUGCACCCAGAUUGGGGUGGGGUGUGGGAGAGAAUCCUGUAACCCAUUAGGCAAAAUCGUUUUCUCCUUAAAAAUUAAAAAAGAGCCCUUUAUAUCUGAGAAUGCAUAUAAGUGACAGCUUUAAAAGCUGCACUUAAUUACUAUGACAAUUUUGUCUUUCUCUGCUGUUUAAAUUUGCAAGUUAUUCGCAUAACUUUUUCAAAAAGUUUAUUUUCAUCAGCUACUGAAUCACGGCCCGUAACCGUAUCUGUCCUAUUUCUGCAAAUGUGGCAGAAGGAUCAUGUGGUAGAUUUUUAGGGCCUUUGCACAAACAUUGGAAAAUACUCUUGAGAUACGUUUUUGGGAAAGUUAUCUUUGACUUGCAGGUGCCUUAUUGUUAUUAUUAUUUUUUUUAAUUCAAAGAGUUAGGGCAGCUUAACUUUCCCCCGAAUACGACUAGGUUAAUGAGUCUGAAGAGGUCAGUAUGUCUUUGAUCAACUCCUUCAAAGAAGGAGAGUGUCAUGCCAAUACCCGGCAUGAACCGCAUAAACGUAAUUGACCUCUUUCCAACCACGUGAGCUGAGUAGUCGGAGACUAUGGAGCUCGGAAUGUGUACCCGAGACAAUUAGUUCCAUGACUUGACUCAAACCAGGAGUAAAACCAAACUAAAGGAGGCAAAGACAAUGGAAUAUUUUGCUUACUAUAAAGAGAUCUUGGCAGGAAUGAUGCCAGUGGUACAGAGAUUGUCCUCGUUUUUGUUUAUGCACAUAAACAUCGAAUUAAAAAGAAAGAUUUUCUGU